CAGCCAUGCUCCCUUCCCAGCCCCUCCUGCACGCUGCGGUGUUUGCACUCGCGGUCCUUCAGGCCUUUGCCUCCGACACCUUCAUUGCCGCCGUCUACGAGCACGCCGUCAUCCUGCCAGAUGCCACGAAUAAGCCCGUUUCUCCCGACGAUGCUUUGGCCCUGAUGAACAAAAACAUGGAUGUCUUGGAAGGGGCCAUCAGGGAAGCCGCCCAGCAGGGCGCCCACAUCAUUGUGACUCCUGAAGACGGCAUUUACGGCUGGCUUUUCACGAGAGAAACCAUCUACCCCUACCUGGAGGACAUCCCUGAUCCGGCGGUGAACUGGAUUCCCUGCACCGACCCCACAAGAUUUGCCCCUGCUCCGGUGCAGGAACGACUCAGCUGCAUGGCCAGGAAUAACUCCCUCUAUGUGGUUGCAAACAUCGGGGACAAGAAGCCGUGUAACUCCAGUGAUCCCGGCUGCCCCAGCGACGGUCGCUAUCAGUACAACACUGAUGUCGUCUUUGACCCAGAGGGGAAACUGGUGGCUCGUUACCACAAGUACAACCUGUUUAGAAGAGAAACUCAGUUUAAUUACCCAAAAGAGCCAGAAGCCGUCACCUUUGAGACGCCCUUUGGGAAAUUUGGCAUUUUCACUUGCUUCGACAUCCUUUUCCAUGAGCCUGCUGUGGUCCUGGUGAGCGAGUUGCAGGUGGACACCGUGCUCUUCCCGACGGCUUGGAUGAACGUCCUGCCAUUUCUGACAGCGGUUGAGUUUCACUCUGCCUGGGCUAUGGGCAUGGGUGUCAAUUUACUUUCAGCAAAUACUCACAACAUCAACUUGGCGAUGACAGGCAGUGGGAUCUUCACGCCAGAGGGACCCGCCACCUACCAUUACGACAGUGGGACGGAGGAGGGACGUCUCCUGGUAGCAGAGCUGAGCGCACGCCCCCGUCUUGACCCCACCUACCCUCCCGCUGUCAACUGGAGCUCGUAUGCCAGAAGCAUCAAGAAAUUUCCAGGAGAAAAAGAUGCUUUUCCGGGAGCUGUCCGGCGGGAUAUAUUCACUUUCACUGAACUCAGGCGCAAGGCUGGAAAUUACACAGUUUGCCAAGGAGACCUCUGCUGUCAUUUGAUCUAUCGGAUGUCAAACAAGAGCAAAGAUGAAGUUUAUGUCCUGGGUGCAUUUGAUGGACUCCACGGUUCUCUCAUAAAAUACCAUUGGCAGAUAUGCACGCUGCUCAAGUGCAAGAGCACAGAUCCGAACACGUGUGGGCAGCCGGUGGAGACGGCUCAGACCAAGUUUGAGAUGUUCUCCCUCAGCGGCACGUUUGGCACUAACUACGUCUUUCCAGAAGUCUUGUACAGUGGGGUGCAGCUGGCCUCCGGGGAGUUCGAGGUGCUACGUGACGGACGUUUGAAAAGUAAGCACAGCACAUCGAAACCGCUUGUAACGGCGACGCUUUUUGGAAGACUUUACGAAAAGGACCUGCCGCAU